CGGAAGGGGGCGUGGUGCGCGGGUCUCGGCCAGGCCUGAGAGGCCGGGAGGGUUUGACCCUCGAGCUGCAUGGACAGCUUAGCGCUCGGCCGCUGGCGACGGCGGAGGGCGGAGGAUCUGCAGGUUCCGGGGGACGUGAAACGGGCAUGCAGGAGAUUAGAAGCCAGUGGGCACGAGCGUGACUGCCACCAGGUGAACGUCUGUGCCCUGGCGUCCUGGGGCCCAGAGGACCGGAAGCCUCCAUCAAGAGGCUGCCCCCCAGCACCGAGGCCAGAGAGUGGCCAGGGGAGGCUAAGUACAGGGAUUUCUCAGAAUGGUGGAAGGAGCUCAGCCCAGCCUUGCCCAAGAUGUAUUGCAGGGGAAUCUGGACAUUUUAGCCAUACCAAGAAUCAUUAGAAGAUGCAAGCUGGAAAAAAGAAGAUCCCAGUUUUGGUUUCCAACCCUUCAUACUGCAGCAAAUGUGAAUCUCCUACAGAUGGGUUUGGGGAUUUACCUGUUCAAAUAGCAGCCCGGUGUCCUCUGUGGGGUGGGGUAGGUUUGCCUGUCCUUUCAUUCUAGUAAAUCCACCAUCCUCUGCACAAGAGCCAGGAGAAUCCAUGUCACUUCAAAAGAGCCCCCAAAUCAUUACUACAUACUACGGCCUCUUUUCGAAUGUUCCUGGUUGAGAGGGAGAUCAAUUGCAUUAUUUUCAAGUCAAAAAAUUUUGUAUCAAACUUCCUAUGAGCUUGGGCACUCAUGGCCUAUGGAGGCCCGCCCAGACGCAGCCCCGCCAUCAUGCUUUUUCAUUGUUUUGUGGAUGUACCCAGGGCUAUUUACACACUCUUUCAUUAAAAGGCUUAUUUUUAUAUUUAAAAUGUUCUAAUCUUGGAGUGAAUUUUACUAAAUGCUAGUGUCCAAUCUGUUCCCCAACUGAAGUUAUCAGAGACAGAAUCCCUUUUAUAUUCAAGUGGAAAUUACUCAUUUUCUCUUGGGUUUUCAAUGUAUCGUCUGACUGUGAGGCUGGCAUUAUUUUCUCUGGGUUUGAAAGCUUCCUGAGAUGUCCUGUUUGUAAGCUCCUGUCCGCAUCACGUUAUCUGCAGGGAAUGUGCUCCCUCCAGGGAGUGCCCUCGGCACUGAUGUGGGAAGAGCCCCCUCUAUAAGUCAUCAUGGAAUUCAGUCAUGGGAGAGUUCUGUACGGGAAAGAUGGAGCAGAGGAAGACAAGGUGUUGAAACCGGUACAGCGCCACCUGGGAUAUGGAUGAUCCAGAAUUACAGGACACAUCUUCAUUAACCCUGGGUAAGAUCCCAGAGCUGUGACUCGAUCAAAAAAUGCCAGUUCGCGCCAAACAACCAAAGCCGGGAGAGAGGGAGAAGGUAUUGGCGUUCGUGGCCUUACGAAAGAUUUUUAUGAAGAGGUUUAGUUUGUUCUUCUCUUUUCAAAAUGAGAUACACAUCUAGUUUUUAUGGGAAAAAAAGAAAACUCUUAGAUUCACAGCAUGUUCUUUUUUGUGUGUAAACUCUUCCUUCUCACCCUCGUUCAUGGAGAGAGCAGGUGUCCACGUGGUGUCAGGUGGGUGUUUUGUAGCUGACAUGGCGCACGUCCCUCCAGCUGUUCAUACGAAGCUGGCUUUUGUAGAGAACAGUCCCCGGGCAUCCUCCUGCCCCAAGGAAAAUGCCCCUGCUUCAGAGUCAGACAGAUGUGAGUUCCCAUCUCAUCUCCACCGACCAUCUCCACAUGACCCUGAUGAGUCCUUGGACUUCUUGGAGCCUCUGGUUCCCAUCUGUGUGGUGGGGAGGUCGCCCUCGGGGUUUGCCCUUAGCCCACAGUGCGACUCCUCGGUGUCUGUGCCCUCCCUCCCUGUACACAGCCCCUUCAGCCCAAAGCAGGCCUUCUGUUCUGUAAAAGCAAAGCUCACGAAACAUGAUGACCCAGGUGACAAGGACGAAAGGGAUGAGGUGCAACUGGCCAGAAUGUGGGUGUAUUAGGGUUCUCUAGAGGGACAGAAGAGGACAGGUGUAUAAGUGAAGGGGAGUUUAUUAAGGAGUACUGACUUGCACGAUCACAAGGUGAGGUCCCACAAUAGGCCGUCUGCAAGCUGAGGAGCAAGGAAGGCAGCCUGAGUCCCAAAACCUCAAAAGUAGAGAAGUUGACAGUGCAGCCUUCAGUGUAUGGCUGAAGGCCCAAGAGCCCGUGCAAACCACUGGUGUAAGUCCAAGAGUCCAAAAGCUGAAGAACUUGGAGUUUGAUGUUCAAGGGCAGGAAGCAUCUAGCACGGGAGAAAGAGGAAGGCUGGAAGACUCAGCCAGUCUAGUCUUUCCACAUUCUCCUGCCUGCAUUAUUCUGGCCAAGCUGGCAGCUGAUUAGGUGGUGCCCACCCAGAUUGAGGGUGAGUCCGCCUCUCCCAGUCCACUGACUCAAAUGUGAAUCUCCUUUGGCAACACCCUCACAGACACACCCAGGAUCAAUAGUUGGCAUCCUUCAAUCAAGUUGACACUUGAUAUUAACCACCACAGUGGAGAACCAGCAGCUUUAUCCAGGUGCUGGAGUUUCUGGACUGUGAAGGGAAUGGAGGAGCUUGUCACUGGGUACCUAAAAAGGGGGAUGGCAGCAUUUUCUUGGUGUUUUCAGCCAUUUUAGUACAGGCCAUGAAACAGAAGGCUCAGAAAUUCUAGAUUUUUCUAGGUGUGGUCCACACCUCAGUCCCAUCCUAGUCUGGCCUUGUGUGGACAGAGGUCCUGCCUGUGGCCUUGUUGUCCCCUGGCAGCCGCCCCCCGCCCACCCCCUGACUUGCUGUCACAGCUGCCCUGGCAUCCAUCCUGGCCUUCAGCCCCACCUCCUUGGCUCCAGAGUCAUCCCUGGCUCCAGAGUCAUCCCUGGCUCCAAGUCAUCCCUGGCUCCAGAGUCAUCCCUGGCUCCAGAGUCAUCCCUGGCCACAGGACGGUCUCUGCUCUCCAGCCCAACCCGCCUCCUGCUGGGAUUACCUGGAGGAGCUCACCCCAUGCAGAACUGUUUCUCCCUGGCAAAUUAAUUUGUCAGCACCACAGGUACUAAAACAGAUUAGCUAAUAGGCAAAACCUGCAUAGAUUUCACUAAACUAGGUCUUGAUGCACCUGUGACGAGCGUGAAAUGGGAUUAUCCCUUUAAAGUGCUUCAUCUUUGUAUUCUUGUCAAAAGAGGAGGAAAAAGACAUUUUCUUACACCCUGAGGAAACAGACUGGGCAUUGAUGUGUGUGUAUUUCCAUUAGAUAAAUUUUCAAUUUGUUCUUUAAUUAUAAUCUGUUAUUGCUUUUAGGGGGAUAUAGGGGCUAAAAAUGUCAAAACAUACCUUUAAUAAUUUCACAAAGUUUGUAAUGGUUUCUAAACCAACAACUUAUGAAACUCAUUUUAGAACAUUCAAAAGCAUGGUAAGUGGUUAACAAAGAUGUGUUAACAUCAUUUGACAUGUUUUUCCUCCUUUAAAAAUAUAGUUUAUUUCCAAAUUUGUUUUUAAAACAAUAAAAAAGUAUACUUGAAAUCCA